AUGAUCAAAGUGGCUCAUGUGAAAAUUCCAAUUCUUGACGAAGGAGAUGGUGUGACAAGAAAUGCUCAAUUUGAAGAAUUGAAAGAUAAGGAAAUUAUGUCAUUCUUAACCUAUAAAUAUACUAUUCACAGAAGUACCAAACCAGAUGAUUACGGAGCUGUGAUGAGUACAUUCGAUGAUUAUCCAUACUUUGGUACAUUUAGAAUUUAUGAAACAUGGGAAAUUUCUCUCAAGGAUUCACUUCUCUAUUUUUAUUCACCUUCUCAUCUCUAUAAUGAGAAAUUAAAUAGAGAUUAUUUUACAGUGGAAUGUGUUCUUGGAAUUGUGACCAUUCAAGAAUUUAUUUUCAAUUUAAAAUUUCAGUCACAAUUCGAAGAAGCAAAACCAGGCACAUCCAUCGAUAAGAGAAAGAAACGAUCUUUUUACACAUUAUUAGACCCAGGAUCUGACACUCCACAUUUGAUUAGAAAACAUUUACCUGCAUUGGAUUUUGUUUGUUCCUAUCUUGAUGAGUCCUCUGGUAUUAUGAUCACACAAUAUACCACUGUGAUUGAUAUUGGAUCCAGUGGUGCCUUUGUUGUGAGCUAUUACAGCAACUGUGCAUCAAGAAAUCGAGAAGUUUAUGAAAAAUUUAUGGAACAAUCGAGUUUUGUCAAGACUGAAAAUUUACCAUGGACAGAUAUUGAAUUAUUUGAUGGAAUUGAAUUGAAAAUACCUUUUGGAUUUAAAGUGGGAAGUGAAAGUGGUAUUGUGUUCUUGUUUAGUCCAAUCCAACAAUGUUAUCAGGACGUUAUUUGUGAUAAUUUUAUGAUUCAACUUCUUGUGACUGAUUCUUCACUUGUAAAAGUGGCAACCUCUAUUCAAAAUCAAUUUAGAGAAAAGAAACAAUUAGAAUUGGUAGAAGAUUUGGAAUUGAUUGACUUGGAACUUGGAUCUACUUUAAUUUAUGGCUAUCGAUUUGAAGUGAAAUUUGUCGAAGAAAUCAAAGGUUCAGUGAAUACUAGAAAUGUGUCACAACUUGUAGUCGUAUUUAACGGAGUGGAUGUUGGACAAAAGUUUGUUUUCACAUACACAAGCACGACUGGACUCCCUUGUCGAUCUCUCUUUCUUCAAAUGAUUGAAACCUUUUCAAGUUAG